CCCCAGCUAUAAAAUUGUGAACGCGGGAUGGUUGAUUGCGUGGCUCAAAAGGAAUCAUCAAGCCGUGCACCCUCCUCUGAUCUCGAAGAAGGCAAUGAUGUUCAGCCACCAAAUAUCAGAUUUUGGAGAGUUCUAUCGCUGGCAAAACCUUAUGCCGGGAGGCUGGUCGUCGCCACCGUAGCAUUACUGAUAGCUUCUCUAAGCAACACUUUAAUUCGUAAGUAUGGUGGCAAGACAAUAGACAUUGUGUCAAGAGAUCUCCGAGAACCCAAAGAGCAGGAUGAAGCUUUAGAUGCUGUGAAAAACACCAUAUUAGAGAUCGUGCUGAUAGUUAUUGUUGGAUCAAUUUGCACUGCACUGCGGUCUUGGCUAUUCAAUUCUGCCAGCGAAAGAGUAGUUGCUCGACUGAGAAAGGACUUGUUUAGCCAUCUUAUUAAUCAGGAAAUAGCAUUUUUUGAUGUGAAUAUGACUGGAGAGCUCCUAAGUAGACUUUCUGUAGAUACACAAGUAAUAAAGAAUGCUGCAACCACCAACCUCUCGGAAGCCUUGCGGAACAUUGCUACUGUGUCGAUUGGCCUUGGUUUUAUGUUUGCAACAUCAUGGAAAUUAACAUUGUUGGUACUUCUUGUUGUACCUGCUAUAGCAGUUGGUGUGCGUAUGUUUGGGCGCUAUCUCCGUGAACUCUCACAUCAGACUCAAGCUGCAGCAGCUGUAGCGGCAUCAAUAGCUGAGGAAUCGUUUGGAGCCAUACGCACGGUUAGGUCCUUUGCGCAAGAGGAACAUCAAAACUCAUGCUACUCCGAGAAAGUUGAUGACACAUUGAAACUUGGGCUUAAGCAAGCUAAAAUUGUUGGUCUCUACUCUGGAGGUAUGGAUGCAGCAUUUACAUUGCCAGUGGUCUGUGUGGUGAUAUAUGGAGCUUAUUUAGCCAUUAAAGGCUGUAUGACAACUGGUGCUCUUACGUCCUUCAUCCUUUACAGCCUUCAAGUUGCUUCCUCAAUAUCUUCCUUAUUUGGAUUGUACACGACAAUCAUGAAGGCUUCAGGGGCAAGCAGGAGAGUUUUUCAAUUUCUAGAUCGUGUUUCCUCUAUGCCAAAAUCCGGAGAUAAAUGUCCAUCUAUUGGCCAUAACGGAGAAGUUGAGCUGGACGACGUGUGGUUUGCGUAUCCUUCUCGCCCAGCUCAUAUGGUUCUUGAGGGUAUUACAUUAAAGUUGAGUCCGGGUUCGAAGGUUGCACUUGUUGGGCCAAGUGGUGGCGGAAAAACUACCAUUGCCCAUUUGAUUGAACGGUUUUAUGACCCGGUAAAGGGGAAGAUCUUGCUAAAUGGAGUAUCAUUGGUUGAAAUAUCACAUCAAUAUCUCCACAGACAGGUCAGCAUAGUAAGCCAAGAACCUGUCCUGUUUAACUGCUCCAUUGAAGAGAAUAUUGCUUAUGGACUAAAUGGCAAGGCCGGUGCUGCUGAAAUUGAGAACGUUGCUAAAAUGGCAAAUGCACAUGAAUUUGUAUCUAAAUUCCCUGACAAAUAUAAAACCGUCGUUGGAGAGCGAGGGAUAAGACUUUCCGGUGGACAGAAACAACGCAUAGCUAUCGCAAGAGCUUUAUUGAUGAAUCCAUGUGUUCUUCUUUUGGACGAGGCUACGAGUGCCUUGGAUGCUGAAAGCGAGUAUCUGGUCCAGGAUGCGAUGGAAUCUCUAAUGAAAGGAAGGACAGUUCUCGUGAUAGCGCACAGGCUUUCGACCGUGAAGAGUGCGGAUAGUGUAGAAGUUGUCUCCGAUGGCCAGAUAGUAGAGAGGGGCACCCAUGACGAACUACUCAGCCGAAAUGGCAUCUAUACGGCUCUCGUAAAGAGACAACUGCAAGGACCCCGAGUUGAAGCCGAUGAGCUACGUAGUAGUUGAUUACUGGCAAAGCCACCGCGAUUAUUUCUUUUUGUAUCCAUCAAUCAGUUACUGUCACUGAGAAUUCGCUUGUUGUGUGAGAAUUUUUCUGUAAGGGUGCACAUUAAUUGCUAGCAGGUUGGAAGGGAGUGAGAUAUUCUAAAGGCAGAAUUCGAGUUGUACUUUAUUGAUGGUGGUUUUUGUCCAUGCUAGAGUCUCUUUUGAGCUAGUGAAUGCUACGGCCAAUUUUUAAUACUUUCAAAGCACGGGGCAUCAUAAUUGAUGAUCGACAUUGUUAAACAUGAUUUA